UCAAAUAACAAUCAAUAAAUUAGAUUUUCUAGAACAUGGUGAGAGGAUUAAAAAAAGAGCUAACUCGUCAUGUAUUGUGUCCUCUGAUUGUUGUUGCAUUUGGUUGAAGUCACAAUCCCAAGUCAGCUGACUUGGUAUUUUAUUCAGAAGCUAUCAUGAAGUUCCAAGACCUCAUCCACCAACAGUUCUCACAAUCCAGAACCAGGGUUUUUCUCACAAGACCAGCAGUGAUGCAGAGAGAAGACAGAGAGGAAAGACUCCUGGACAGAUCAGGGUCCAAACAGGAUUAGGAAACAAGAACAGGAUUAGAAACAAAAGGCUGGAGAUCUGUAGAGAAACAACUUUCUGUCUGAAAACUAGAGAUCAAUGGAAAAAAACAGACAGCUGAACAAAUGUAAGUGAUGACUGUGAAAGAGGAUGCAAUAGCAGACAAGAGGAGAGGAAGACUGAUGACGCUAUAAUUAGGAGAAUAAUAAAAAAAAAUAUUUGAUGGGCGUACUUGAUAAAACAACUUCUGAAGUGACAUAGUGGAAGAAAAACUAACCACAGGAAAUGGAUGUAUUUCUCUCCAGACUGUGGGUUGUUGUUGACUUCAGCCUCUGACAGAAAAGACUGAGAGAAGAGGAGACAGAGAAGAGCAGAGGAGAGAACAAUGUUUGACUUCACAUCACUUCACUUCCCUCUGUUUCUGACAUGGAUGCUCACAUUUACAGACGCUCAAACAUUCAGACAGAAGACUGUUGGAGUUGGAGAUGAAGUCACUUUGAAAUGUGAAAAUGGAAAUGAUUUCAAUGAUGGAUGUUACUGGAUCACCUGGCUGUACAGUAAUUCAACCAAACGAACAUUUACCCUGUUUGAAUACAGGAAGAUUCACAAAGAUGUUGGAUCUAAAUCAGACAGACUGAGUCUUACAGAGAAAUGUUCUCUGGUGAUAAAGAAGAUCACAGAUGAAGAUGCUGGAAGAUACACCUGCAGACAGUUCAGCACAUCAGGAAAACAGGUUACAGGUUUUCAGGUUGCACUGAAUGUUAUAAAGAAAAAUGAUGUCAGAUCACAGAGUAAAACACUUAAACCAACAUCCAAACCAUCUUCUGCAUCAACAUCUGCAGCUGAAUCCACAACAACCAUAGAAUCAGUUCUGUCUACAUCCAAACCAUCAGCUGCAACAGAUCAUCUCUCUAAAGCAGGUGUUUGGUGGAGGAUCAUCUAUGUUCCUGUGGGUUUAGCAGCACUCUCAGUCAUCACUGCAUCAGUCUGCAUAUGGACCAGAACACAAGGAGCAGAAUGAUGAAGAAGUUUUUGAAGACCUUCCUGCUUCUCUUUAACUCCAUUGAUGACCUCAUGCUUUUUUGUCAACUUGUCCUGUCCAACAGCUGAGCAAACAGAUGAGAGCUGAAGGCCUCUUGUGUUGAACAUAUUUUACUGUAACAACAUGGGGUUAUGUGUCUUCUGACACAGCAGAGGUAUGUCUUAAUAAACCCAUUUUGUAAUCCCUGCGUGGAGAGCCAGCACCCGAGGAACUCGUAACUGCCGAGGGCCUGGCACCCCCUACCAGGGAUGGAGUAGGGGACAGUUAUUAUCUAGGUUACAUAAGAGAUUGUAUGUUUUGGAGAGAGUUGUAAUCACUGAAAAUUAACUAGUUCUGGUAGUUCUAGGUCGUUGUCUUUGUAUUUAAACUUUUUAGUAAUUAUAGAUUUAAGUUGCUUAUGUUCCAAAAAGUUAUUUAUUCCGUGUUUUUCUUGAAGUUCGUGGAGUGUUAUGAAUCUUCUAUCAAUAAUUAAGUGCUCUAGUAAUGCUACACCCCCUGCUUGCCAAGAUGGGAAGUGUAACAUUUUUUUGUUUAUGGAUGUCUGGGUUGUUCCAGAUGGGCGUCAUUUUGCAUGGUAAAAGUGAGGAUUUUGAUACUUGAAAUUCUCACCAGGCUUUUAAAGUGGCGUUUAUAUUAAUACUUUGGAAGCAGUCUUAUAAAACUAAGUCACCACAGCUUUUUGCAGAUUUUAAAGUUUUUAGACUAAUUUUAGCAGGUUAAUUGUUCCAUAAGAAGCUUGAUAUGGAUGAGUCUAAUGUUUUGAACCACUUUAAUGGCGGUUGUGUGGGGAUCAUCAAGAACAGAUCAUUAACUUUAGCAAAAUUUUCAUUUCAACCGUGGUUACCUUGCCCAUGAGGGGCAGAGGCAGGUUGACCCGUGGGCUAGAUAGUCCUGUAUGCUUUUCAGUAAUGGGGUAGUUUAGCUGCACCAGUUCUGAUAAUUUGGGGGAAAAAUAAAUACCUAGAUAUUUGAUAAUGCUGAUUUGACUGGUAGUGAGAGUCUUCGCUCUGCAAUACUGUUCAGUGAUAAUAAAACAAAUUUAUUCCAAAUAAUUGACUAGUCUGAUAUGGAGGAGAAUUUAUUCAUAAUUUGUUGCUGUUUCAUUUACAGAAUGUGGAUUAUUUGAAAAGAGUAACAUGUCAUCAGAGGUAAAAAUGUUCAACAUUUCUUUUCUAAAGACACUUAAGUCAAUAUAUUGAGAAUUUGUUCAA